AUGGAUUGGCAGCCUAACCCGGAGUCCCUCGGGACCCUCGCGGCCUGCUUGAAGGACUCGCUGAGCGGGUUCAACAAGGCCGUGCAGAAACAGGCUGAACUUAUGCUGUCACAAGCAAAGGCUAAUCCCGAUAUCAACAACUACCUGGCAUUCAUCUUCUCUAGUACCGAGUCCCCUCCGGUGCUGGCGCUGUCUCCCAAUGACUGGCAUCUUGUCCGGUCAGCUGCAGCCAUCAUGCUCAAGAACAACAUCAAGUCGAAUUACAAGCAGAUCCCCGAGACUAGCAUAGCUCUGAUCAAACUUGCUGUUCCUAUUGGAAUCCAGGACAAGAACUCACAGAUCCGCAACUAUGCGGGCAACAUUGCGACGGAGAUGAUUCGCCGUGGUGGCCUCUACAGCUGGCCCGAGUUGCUGGAAGAGUUGUUGCGGCUGUUGAGCAAUGAGACGGGUCAAGUUCCCCCGGAGGCUCAGGAGGGUGCCAUGGCUGCGAUGGCUAAGAUUUGCGAGGACAACACCAAACUACUGGAAAGGGAACACGCUGGUCAACGGCCGUUGAACGUCCUUCUCCCCAGACUAAUCCAGGCGACCAAAAAUCCUCUGCCCAAGGUUCGUGCCUUGGCCCUGGAGGCCAUCAACGUGUUUACACCCCGGAAAUCACAGGCCAUGCUUCACAACAUCGACGACCUCCUGCAGCACCUCUUCUUCCUAGCUCAGGACCCUGUGGCCGAUGUUCGUCGCCAGGUUUGCCGCGCCUUCGUCCACCUUGUUGACACACGGCCAGAUAAACUCCUGCCCCACCUCAGCGGACUGGUUGAUUACAUCAUUUCACAGCAAAAGAGUGACGACGAGGAUCUUGCUUGUGAGGCUGCUGAGUUUUGGCUUUCAGUUGGUGAGCAUGAUAAUCUGUGGCGAAGCCUGGAGCCUUACAUCCAAAAAAUCAUUCCGGUGCUGUUAGACUGCAUGGUAUACAGCCCCGAAGACAUCGCCAUUCUUGGGGGCGCCUCUGAUGAUGAGGACGAGGAGGACAGGGAAGAGGACAUCAGGCCACAGUUCGCCAAGAAGAGCUUGAAGCGUGGUGGUGCUGGAGACGCCAAUGGCGAUAGUGCCAACGCUUAUGAGAAGUUAACGAGCAUGGAUAACGAUCUGGAAGAGGGAGAGAUCGAUGAGCUAGACGAGGAGGGUGAUGAAAAUCCAGACGAGAAGUGGACGCUACGGAAAUGCUCAGCUGCGGCACUGGACGUUUUCGCUACCGACUUUGGCGGCCCUGUCUUCACUUGCAUUUUGCCGUAUCUCCAGAAGAACUUGAAGCAUGAAGAUUGGCCUUAUAGGGAAGCCGCCGUUUUGGCUCUUGGAGCAGUUGCUGAGGGCUGCAUGGACGUGGUUACUCCACAUCUCCCAGAGCUUAUUCCCUACCUGAUUAGCCUCCUUGAAGACCCAGAGCCUGUUGUCCGGCAGAUCACUUGCUGGACACUUGGUCGAUAUUCUUCCUGGGCAGCUAAUCUUCGCGAUCCCGCCCAGCAACAGACUUACUUCGUCCCACUCUUGGAUGGCAUCCUCAGAAAGAUGGUUGACAAGAACAAGAAGGUUCAGGAAGCUGGUGCGUCGGCCAUGGCAAACCUGGAGGAGAAGGCUGGCAAGCACCUCGAGCCCUUCUGCGGGCCUAUCAUCCAACAAUACGUCCUGUGCUUCAGCAAAUACAAGGACAAGAAUAGGUGGAUUCUUUACGACUGUGUGCAGACACUAGCUGAGCACGUCGGCCCUGUGCUAGCGCGCCCAGAGCUGCGAAACCAGCUAAUGCCUGCCCUUAUUGACCGGUGGCAAAAGGUUUCAGAUCAGUCGAGAGAGAUGUUCCCGCUGUUGGAAUGUCUCUCUUUUGUUGCUAUUGCUUUGGGUGAUGCCUUCACCCCCUAUGCUGAGCCAAUCUUUGCACGCUGUGUCAACAUCAUUCACCAAAAUUUGGAGCAGGCAAUGGCUGCUACCAACAAUCCCGACCUAGAUCCGCCCGAGAAGGACUUUUUGGUGACCAGUCUUGAUCUGUUGAGCUCCAUUAUUCAGGCUCUUGACAACGCAAAGGCUGUCAGGCUAGUUCAGUCAAGCCAGCUUCCGUUCUUUGAGCUCUUGAGCUUCUGCAUGGAAGAUCCGGCUGACGAAGUCCAACAAUCUGCCUAUGCUCUCUUAGGUGACUGCGCAAAAUUCGUCUUUGAGCAGCUACAGCCAUACCUUCCCUCCAUCCUGCCAAUUCUCCUGAAGAGGCUGGAUCUAGACAACAUCCUUGAUGAGGAGGUCGAUGGUCACUUCAGUGUCGUUAACAACGCUUGCUGGAGUGCUGGGGAAAUUGCGCUGCAGUACAAGAAAGAAAUGGCUCCCUAUGCGAUGGAGCUGCUUCAGCGCUGCGUUGAGAUUAUUUCUAACCCGGUCGUUCCACUGGGCGUUCUUGAGAAUGCCGCCAUCUUGAUUGGCAGACUAGGGAUUGACAACUAUGAAAUCCUUGCUCCACAUUUGUCCAAGUUUGCAGAGGACUUCCUGAGAGUCAUGGAGGACACCGACCCUUCAGAGGAGAAGGCAACGGCCUUCAAGGGAUUUAGCAUUGUCGUGGCCGCUAAUCCCCAAGCAAUGGAAAAGGAUCUCUUGCGUUUUUUCACCUCAAUCGCGAGGUACCACGAUCUGAAGCUACAGAAUCCCAUCAAGCAUGAGUUGCAUGAAGCAUUCCAGAAUGUCCUCAACAUUUACCGGCAGUUAAUCCCCCAGUUCAACCAAUUCCUUGCUCAGCUCCAGCCCCAAGAUCAGCAGGCUCUCAAAGCUACCUAUGCUCUUUAA